CCGAGCAAUCGCAGCGAGAAUGUUCAAGGCCAUGAGGCUCCAGGCACUCGUAUGCCUUUUGCUGGCCCUGCAAGUGGCCGCCACACACGACCUUCAUCCACUGAGACGAGAUGGCGCCGCUUCGAUUUCUAGUUCAGAGCCACGUUCACAGCCAACUCCACAGCCCUCUAUUGCCAGAGACCAGCACCAAGACAGCAAGCAGACAGACGUCUCGAAAGAAUCGACGACCACAAAAGCGCCUCACAGCACUACAACUUCCUCAACACCAACACUUCAGACUACGGCCACAGUUCCAUCGCAAACUCCUUUGAGUAAUUCAACAUUGUUUAACGCAACGAUUCCCACCGGCCAGCUGCCUAUUAAGCCCGUUCUGACUCCAGGAUGGGGCGUUGCCGGAGCCGUUUUGUUACUUACCGGGGCUCUCUAUACUAUUAUUGGGCUCAGAAACCAAUGGAUCAACUGUUUCUUCUCGACUGCCUAUCUCACCUCUCUCGGAAUCACCGUUCUUGUUGUCUAUCUCAUGAAUGUCCCUGUUAGCUUGGCUGUUCAGGGAGCAUAUGUCGUUGCUGUCGUCUUGUCUGGCUGUGUGCUAGGAGCAGCAUCCCUCAUCUUCAAAGAGCUAACCGAAGGCCUGGGAUGCGCUCUAGGAGGCUUCAGUUUUAGCAUGUGGCUUCUUUGCUUGGCACCAGGAGGCUUGCUGCAUGAUACGCUAGGCCGAGCAAUUUUCAUCUCGUGCCUUUCUGUUGGCGGCUUCGCCCUCUCUUUCAGCUCCUACACCCGAGACUGGGCCAUGAUUAUCCUCAUGUCUUUCGGAGGCGCAACAGUAAUUGUAUUGGGUAUUGACUGUUUCAGUAGAGCCGGGCUUAAAGAGUUCUGGGCUUAUAUCUGGAACCUAAAUGGGGAUUUAUUCCCCCUUGGCGCAGAUACCUAUCCUAUUACUAGAGGCAUCCGAGUCGAGCUUGCAGUAAUCGUCGUCAUCUGCUUCGUUGGGAUUGUCUGCCAGAUGAGGCUCUGGAGAAUUGUUCGAGAUAGGCGCAAUACAAAGGCCUUGAAGCUCGCGGAGGAUCAGAGAUGCCUUCAGCAAGAAGAAGAGAAUGUCGGUCGCCACAUUGGGCAGCAAACGGCACGGGAGCGAGUGGCCUGGGAAAAAGUCUAUGGAGGCAGAUUUAUGCCAGACAGCAAUGGUAUGAGCACUGCCUCGCACUACUCAUCUGGCACCGACAGCGGCAGCAAUAGCAAAAGACAGCAAAGAGUUCAUUCUGAGUCUGUUUACACAGAAUCCAAGACUGAUGGUAUUGAGAUGACCGAAUUGUCAGAUUCAAGUGUAGUGCAAGCUGGAACAGAUGGGCUCAUGUCCAUGGGGCCGGCCAAGGAAGGCAAGAUCAUGGUACGGGUAGCUGCGGACGAAAUAUUGGAGACGCGAAAGCAUAGGGAAGGCGAGAUUACUGAAGAACAAUUUGGCGCCAUGUCAGAGUCAGGCGCAGAGAUUGUCGACAAUGACAGAAGAACCGGGGCCGCCAAAGAGAAGGAAAUCUCUCAAACAAGCUCAGAGGGCAGACGAAAUUCUCCGCAAAGAAACAUGACACCCGCCCCUGAGGUAGUCCCCUUACCGUUCAAGACUCCGACAGAAGAUGACUUGAAGUCAAUUGGCGAUCGGUCAUCUGUUGCGACAUUUGCUGACGACGAACCUUUUGCGUCUGCGACUCCUAUUCGAAAUUCCCUCGUCAAAAGGGUCUCCCAGAGCUCAGCAACGCUUCUGAGAAGCUUAUCUCAGCAGAGGAAGAAGAGCACUUCUCCCGAACGCCAGUUGGAGACUGGCGAAAGCACUGAAGAUUUGGUUGAGCCCGCAGAAUCUAUCCAUGACGAUAGCAGAUCAUCCUUGGCAGCAACCGUCGACUAUGAAAGCUUGAGUGAUUAUCAGAACGAGCAUGAUUCAAUCGUUGAUGAUGAUGACCGAAAGAGCAUUGAGAUUACUGCAGAGCUGGGCGAAGCUAAAGCUAAAGCAACCCAGAGCCCAGAGGAGGUGGAACUCGAGACUGCAGCUGCGGAUGAUGCUGAGAAAUCAGAGGGCAUUGAACCUCAAGCAAUGUCAAAGGAAAUCCCAGGUGGCGAAACACUUGAGAUGGAAUCUGAGCCAAACGAGAAACGCGAUGGGGAUGAGCUACUAGAUAAACAAGACUCAGGUGCUAAGGCUGAGAAUGCGGCUGGAGAGGAAGAGACCUCGGUAACUCACGAACAGGAGCACACUGCAACCGCAGGCAGUACAACGGAAGGCAAAUUGCCCGAAUCUACUGAUAAAACAAAGUCUGGUUCUUCAGCGACUUCAGUCCCGGCGAACUUGACAAAAGACCGAUUACCUACGUCCAUGUCAAGAGCUGCCCUUUCUUAUAGGACGAAUGAGUGGGCUAAACAUCUGGGCCACGCGGACACUCCCGAACCUGACGCUAUUCAUAUCGAGCCAUAUGGGUCAGAGGUGGACAUGGAAGAAGUCCCUAGAUAUGUCGAUUUGGAGGAUCUGCAGAUGAACAUUGCUGAUCGCACUUCGUAUGUGCCCCCUCAGCAAUCAGAUUCUGGAUCAACACAAGUGUCUUCCAUACAGCCAAACGCAAAAGCAGUUAAGAAGCAAGCGCGCAUCUCUGAAAUUGUUGUUUCUCCGGCAAUGUCUGCGGAUGCCAUGAGCCCUAGCGGAAGCCCUAAAUCGCCUCCCAUGGACAUGGCCGGUCUCCAGCCAGCUCCUGUGGCCCUACGGCGCAUAUCUUCAGGGUUUGCUCCGAUUGUCGAAGAGCAAGAUGGUAUCCAGGCCACUGAGCUGUCCCCCGAAGACCAUUCUCAGCAAGACGCCACCCAGCUGAAUCCAGCACCAUUCCGGCCGAUAGUGCCUCGUGUUGUGUCUUUUUCGAAUCCUCAUACCCUACUCGGUCAGAGAGAGUCUGUUCUACGGAGUCGAUCACAAGGCAAUCUCGUUGCCCACCUAGCCGAUUACAAUAUUGAUGCACAGGGAUCGGUUGGUGACGCAGACUCCCUUUACAACUAUCCUGUAAACCAUCGGGUGGCUAGCCCUGAUCCCGAUGACAUUCCACUGAGUCAACGAAGGGAGAUUAUACGCCAAAGCAGCAGGACAAAUCUACCAGCUUCAAAUUACUUACCGCUAUCAAAUUAUAGGCUGAAUCGCUCUAGCAGUGGAAUUGAAGUUUCCGGGAAUACGCAGUUCAAUUCUCACCAGCCCAAGAGAAUAUCCUCCGUCUCUGUGAUAGCCCAAAAUUCAAGACUCGCCAACUUCCGACAUUCAAUAGCUAGAGAUCUCACAUCAAUGACUCCUGGCGUUCCUCCCAAUCUUGGCCGUGAGACUCCUUUUGCGCCAUCGUCUACUCUUGUUGAUGAUAUGGAUACGCAACGUAUUGUCAUGAUGGAAAAGAGGGAAGCGGAAAUACAGCGGAAGGAGAUGCAAAGGCGAGAAAAGGAGUGGAAUGAUAGGAUGUUUGAUGCUCGCAUGCGGAGCGGCGAUCUAUUAGACGCACAUCGGGAAGUCAUACGGAAGAUGCAAAGUUCAGCGAAAGAUGCAUGAUUGGCCGAAUGAUGCAUAACAACAUGGCAGCACUUGAAACUCUGCUUACAUUUCUAUUCUUUUUAUUUAACUUAAUGGACGGAAAAUACCCUGCAGGAGAUACCAAAAGUCCGUUCGUUUUGUUUCUCAUUCUUUUUUUUAGCAUUUGGAAAUGAAAAGAGACCUUAUAAAGAGCACCACGCGGCGCCGUGGCAGAUAUGGUUGACCCAGUGGCACCUAUUAAAACAUAGAGAAGCAAACCUAUAUGAAAGCGCACGAUGGUCCGGUUAUAACACUAUAUAGGUAUAUAUAGAAAAAAAAAAAAAAAGAAGGACUGGCUAGCAA